ACGACUACAAACGCAGAAUUGAAACUCUUCCAUUAUAAUCAACAUUGCGAGAUUACGCUCAAUAAAAGUUCAAGCUAUAGCUGCCUAGACUGUUUUUUUGAACGAUGGAUUUAGUGAAUCACUUGGAAGACAGAUUACUGUUUGCUGUCCCUAAGAAGGGGCGUCUUUAUGAGAAGGCAAUUCAAUUACUCAAGGGCUCAGACGUUGAGUUCCACAGACACAACAGAUUGGAUAUCGCUCUCUCUACAAACCUUCCAAUCGCACUUAUCUUCCUUCCUGCUGCUGAUAUCCCAACCUUUGUGGCAGAAGGUCGUUGUGACUUGGGUAUUACUGGUGUUGACCAGGUUAAGGAGUCUGGUGUGGACGUUGAAUUGCCAUUGGACCUCAAUUUUGGUAAGUGUAGAUUGCAAGUUCAAGUCCCAGUGAACGGUUCCAUCAAGGAUACAAAGCAGUUGGUUGGUAAGACCAUCGUUUCUUCGUUCACAAAGCUCACCACAGAAUACUUUGAGAAGCUCGAGGGUGUCCCACCGGGUGCUCCACUCAAGACAACCAUCAAAUACGUUGGUGGCUCAGUCGAAGCAUCUUGUGCUCUUGGUGUUGCAGAUGCCAUUGUUGACUUGGUCGAGUCUGGUGAAACCAUGAGAGCUGCCGGUUUGGUGGACAUUGACACAGUCCUGACCACGUCAGCUUACUUGAUUCAAUCCAAGGAAACUGCCUACCCUGAGUUGGUGAAGAAGAUCACUGGAAGAAUCGAAGGUGUUCUUACGGCCCAAAAAUUCGUGUUGUGUACCUACAACGCACCAAGAGACCACUUGGAUCAACUUCUCGAACUCACACCAGGUCGUCGUGCCCCAACUGUGUCACCAAUUGAUGACGAUGGCUGGGUCGCCGUCUCCUCCAUGAUCCAGAGAAAGGGUAAGGGUGAGAUCAUGGACAAGCUCAAAGAGCUUGGUGCAUCUGAUAUAAUGCACAAGAUGGACACUAAGACCCCAGUUACCCUUGCUAGAGUUAAGAAGGUUCUCGGUAGAACCGGUUCCCGUGGUGGUGUCACCCAAGUCAGAGUUGAGUUCUUGGAUGACUCCUCCAGAACCAUUGUCAGAAACGUCAAGGGCCCAGUCAGAGAGAACGACAUCUUGUCCUUGAUGGAGUCUGAGCGUGAAGCUAGAAGAUUGCGUUAA